UCGAUUGAAGGCGAAACGAACGCGAAUACGAAUUACAAAUUGAUAGCUUAUUACAUUCGUAUGUACCUAUACCUUGCUCACACACCUAUAUCUAUGGACGUAUCUAUCGUAUAAUAGUGUACGAUUAUCGUAUAUGUAUAUAAUUUUACGGUUAUUUACGAACAGUCGAACGUUGUAUCGGUAUUCAUCUGUUGGUGAGCGCGAGUUUUUUGCGUAAAAAGACGUUGUUAAUUCGCUCAUACAUAUAAGUAUACGAAGUUGACAGGCGACAACGGAUUUGAAAAAAAUACGGAAUCAGUUCGACGAUUAUUGCCCAGCGAAGUGAAAUCAAGUGAAGUGCGACGAAGUGAAACAAAAUGAGCUAAUGAAGCGCAGUCCGAUCUCGUCGAACGAAAAUUAUCCUUACGAAAACAACAACAUCAUCAUCAACAACAACAACGACGAUAAUAAUAAAUAAAGUAAAAUAUAAACAAAAGUAAAAUUUUUAUUUGCCAUCGAGGAAAGGUUUACUUAUUCGAGAGCGACAGAACGUCAGAAACGAUCAGUUCCCAAGUGUUCGGGUUUUAGUAGUAGAUUAUUCCAUAUGGUUGAAUGUAAUCCUACGAUCGUUGUCGUAACCGUCCAGUUAUCGCUGUUUUUCAUUGGUUUAUUCAACUGAAGUACAUGUUAAGCUCGUCGAUAGAUUGGUAAGCUUACCUUAUUGCAUGUUUGUUUAAAUCCAAGUCGCAGCUUUCGUGUCUGUCUCGUGAAUUAUCUAUAUAUUUAUCGAGUGUAUUUCGUCCAUUUACGAUAAAAAAUGGCCGAGGAUCGAGAUGAGUACUCUUCGUAUCGAUUGGAAUACAUUUAUCGCUUGUUGUAGAAUAUCGAUGAAGACGAAACGAGUCAAAAGAACAUCGAAGAACGUAGCUAAUACCAUUUUACCAUCGUAGACAGAAUACACGAUCGCUGAAAAAUAAUACUCUGGAGCAUUUCAUCGAAAUGACAUCGAAUGAUGAAUAAUUUCAACGUAAUACGCGGCAGAAGCAACAUUAAAGCCAUGUUGCUCAUCCAGAGUAACCAAAAAUCAACGGUUGUGAUUUCGAAGAACAAUUUCGACAGAUUUUAGCCGGCUUCUGCCUUGGAAUUUUUAGAACGAUCGCUAAUCUCGAGAUAGUUACCAUUUACAAGAGUGACGAGAAUUUUACUUCUUCGUAAUAGAAUCGACUUUUGCAGCGUUAGAUCACGAGCAACUUACCUAUACCUACGAUUACUUGUGAUAUUCGCCAUGUUACCAUUUUGUUGGUUAUAAAGAGUUAUUUGUAUAUAGCUUAGCUGUGACUAAGAUACGAGUAUAUUUAUAUGUACAUUGGAUCUGUAUCCAAAUCUACCGCCAAUUUCGAGUGGUUUAUUAUCGGCUUCGUUUUGUGAUUACACCGAUUAGCGAGCAUCCGAAUGGCUGUUUUUUUAAUCUAAAUGCUACUCGUCUCGAGUAGAUCGACUCGCUCGACGAACGAGUCACCUUUUUUGUGAAUGAUUAUCAUUGUUACCCGCCUGCGUACCUACCUAUUUACCUAGUUACCUUUCUCUAUACCUGUACCGAUUACCUUAUUCAAAAUACUGCAAUUCGUUGUAAAUACCAAGAAUAAGCUUGAAAAGCUUCAAAGAACAGUGAUCAUGCAUCCGACGAAUGGAACGUACAAUAUUGGUGGCGGUGGAAGUAACCCCACAGGUUUAAAUAAACCACUUUUGGCAGAUUCUCCGACCGAUUCGACGGCUAAAAGUGUACUCUGCAAGACAUCCAGCUUGGAUAACGGUUUAGAUCUUUUGAUCGGAACUGAUAACGUUUCGAUGACUGGAAGCUUAGAAGGAUCAGAUACGACGACGACUCCUUCGUCACCACCUUCGGUUGUUUAUUAUAUGAAUAAUAACAGCAAUUACGCCGGUUCUAAUAGCAACAAUAGUACCGGUAGUAAUCCGCAGAUCGGAAAUAAUGCCAGCAGUUUCACGUAUAAUUCUUACUAUGUGUGUAAGAACGGCACGUACGGAGCGGCCGGUCUCAAGAACGAUUCGAACGCGUUUCGUAUAUUACCGUCGUUAGUGGAUGCGGCACCUUCGGAGCAAGAAGAGUUAUUUGUUCAAAAAUUACGACAAUGUUGCGUUUUGUUUGAUUUUGUCUCGGAUCCAUUAUCCGAUAUUAAAUGGAAAGAGGUGAAACGAGAUGCUUUGCAAGAAAUGGUCGAGUACGUGACGUCGGAGAAAAACGUUAUUACCGAAGCUGUGUACCCGGAAGCAGUCCACAUGUUCGCUGUAAACGUGUUUCGUACCUUACCACCCUGCAGCAAUCCCAACGGAGCAGAGUUCGAUCCUGAAGAAGACGAACCAACGCUUGAGGCAGCUUGGCCGCAUUUACAAUUAGUGUACGAAUUUUUUCUAAGAUUUAUCGAAUCACCAGAUUUUCAACCGAGCAUCGCGAAGAAGUACGUUGAUCAGAGGUUUGUUCUGCAGCUAUUGGAAUUAUUUGAUUCAGAGGAUCCGAGGGAACGAGAUUUUUUGAAGACAACUCUUCAUCGAAUAUAUGGAAAGUUUUUAGGCCUACGAGCUUACAUACGAAAACAAAUUAAUAAUAUUUUCUACAGAUUUAUUUACGAAACGGAACAUCACAACGGUAUCGCCGAAUUAUUGGAAAUAUUAGGAAGCAUAAUAAACGGAUUCGCGUUGCCGUUGAAAGAAGAACAUAAAGUAUUUCUACUCAAGGUAUUGCUGCCGUUACAUAAAGUGAAAUCCUUAUCAGCCUACCAUCCGCAGCUAGCUUAUUGCGUGGUGCAAUUUUUAGAAAAAGAUGCCUCGCUCAGCGAACCGGUUGUUCGUUCGUUGCUAAAAUAUUGGCCUAAAACUCAUUCCCCAAAAGAGGUCAUGUUUCUCAACGAAAUGGAAGAAAUUUUAGACGUGAUUGAACCGGCUGAAUUUCAAAAAAUCAUGGUGCCAUUAUUUCAUCAGCUUGCAAAAUGCAUCUCUAGUCCUCAUUUUCAAGUGGCUGAAAGAGCGUUGUAUUAUUGGAAUAAUGAAUACAUAAUGUCUUUGAUCAGUGAUAACGUUAGCGUUAUUCUUCCAAUUAUGUUCGCGCCAUUAUAUCGUAAUUCCAAAACUCAUUGGAAUAAAACUAUUCACGGCUUGAUAUAUAACGCUUUGAAAUUGUUUACCGAAAUGAACCAGAAAUUAUUCGACGAAUGUACUCAAAAAUAUAAAAACGAAAGGCUCAGAGAAAAAGAAAAAUUGAAAGACAGAGAAGAUAUGUGGAAUAAAAUCGAAUUAUUAGCUAAACAAAGCCCGAGUUACCAUUGUAACGGAGAAAAUUCUUUAUCCAACUCCAGCGUAUGUUCUCCUUCGGGAAACGAUGCUGAUAUCGAAGACUUCGACUUGUAUGAAAGAAUCGAAUUGGGUUCUAAAAACAUCGAACGAGUGAAAAAAGAUAAACCUUUAUUAAGGCGAAAAUCAGAGUUACCUCACGAUACGUACACUGUGAAAGCAUUGACCGAUCACAAAAGAGCCGAUGAAUAUCUCCCCACACCACCAAAUGUUAACCAAUGUUGAUGAAUAUUAUGUGCUAUAUCGAAUUUGGCCUCAAUUAUGAUGAUGAUGAUAAUGAGAAAAAAUUAUCCCAACCCAAGAGUACUUAUUCGAUUUACAAAGCGUACCUAUUAUACUCGUAAUUUGUAUACCGUUCGCUCCGCGUAACCUUUUGAUUGUGUUGUGUCUUCGCUACUUUUUUUUCACGCGCUCUUAUCGUAUCUAUUUAUACCUUUUUCUUUACAUUGUCAUCGUUAUACGAGAUGUACCUUUUUUGUUUGUUUCUGUCUACUCGUUAUUUUUUUUCUCGAAAAUUUACUCCUUCGAUGGGCACGGCGAUGUAAUUAAAUGUUUUCGCCCGUUGCGAGUAACAACGAAUAUCGCGUCGUUAUUAUUUUAUUGUUUUUCAUUGGCUAUAAUAUGUGACCCCCUGGAGGGAAUAUGUUGAUGAAUAAAAAGUUAAGUACCUACUUGUAAAUUUUUACUUGUAAAAGGGUUAUAAAUUUUCGCGCAAGAUGAAUGGUUUUCAAGCGCAAUACGUAUGUAUGUACUUACUACCUACUACCCCUACCGUAUGUGUAUGUUCUGUACUACCUAUGUAAAAUGAAUAAUAAAUUUAUGUACUUAUCAAUUACUGUAAUGAUACCUACCUAUUUAGUACUACCUAAUAAUAAAAGAGAAAUUAUUCGCAUUUA